AUAGAUCGACUUCCUCUGUUUGACUACGACUCAGUGUUAGUGCUCUGCGCUGUUUAUAUACUUGCCUCUUUCCGUCCGGAUUCUCUCGGAUCUCCUUUGCUCUCCGGUACCCCAGCUACUAGCUUGCCGAUACAUCAUUCUCCAUGGAGUGCAUGCGCAAUCAACUCGUUGAAGGUCGUGUGCUAAAUGGGCGGUAUGAGACCAUCUCGCCUCUCAACCAUGGCUCCUUUGGCAUGGUCUUCACCGCGCGCGAUCUCCAGUCCGGUGAUCUUGUAGCUAUCAAAUGCUUGACCAAGAGCACUGGCGAGACUGUCUGUCCUACCAGUGGCUUUGCUGUCGAUGACCAGUCCGAGGAGGUUGCCAUCCACCACAAGAUCGACCACCAUCCCCACAUUGUCAACUUGGUACAAUCUUUCGAGACUGAUCAUCACAUCUACCUUGUUCUUGAGUUCUGCUCCAAUGGCGACCUCUACGAAGCCAUCCGUCUCGGCAAGGGGCCACUCGAGACCGAGCAUGUACGAGACUUUAUGCUUCAGCUUGUCGGUGCUGUCGAAUAUCUCCACGCCCGAGGCAUCUACCACCGAGACAUCAAGCCUGAAAACAUAUUCCUGACCGCCUCGGGUUCCAUGAAGCUUGGUGACUUUGGAUUGGCUACUACCGAGCACUGGAACUUUGAGUCGGCUGUCGGCAGUGAUCGCUACAUGGCUCCUGAGCAGUAUGAUGUGAGUGUUAAUGGCUAUUCUCCUGCAAAGGCAGACGUUUGGGCUAUCGGCAUCUGUCUCCUCAAUGUUCUCUUCUCCAGGAACCCAUUUGCUACCCCGACCAUCUCCGAUCCUCUAUUCUCCGAUUUCGCUGCCGAUCGCCAGUCCCUCUUCGAUGUCUUUCCAAACAUGUCUCAGGACGCCUACGAGGUCUUGACUCACUCUUUGGCUAUCGAUCCGAACAAGCGGUCCCUAUCGGCAGUCAGGGAGGCUCUGGAACGUGCUGUCAACUUUACCACUGACGAUGAGACUCUCGACGACUUCUGCACUGACAACCGCGAUGUCAUCCCGGCUACCCUUGAUCGUGAGCCCCUGCGUACUCCUUCCAUCUCUUCGCCUCAAGUUGACACCAACGGCUCCUUCCCCUGGGCCAAGGCCUUGGCAAUGUCGCCUCCUCAGCAGAUUCGUCAACUCUCCACCAUCAAAGACACGGAGAUUUACGAGGAUGGGGAAGAGGAGAUGUUCCCGUCAAACCAGGACUGGUAUGGUGUCAAGCGAGACUCGGCAUCAGCAAUCUCCUUUGUUGACUCUGGUCUCGGUGUCUCUUACAAGUCUCACGAGAGCUCAGAUGCCAAGCCGAUGGACAUGAACCGCUCCAAGCCUGUCACAAUCUCAGGCUCCUUGCCCAUCAACUUCUCCAAAGGCCCUACCCUGUCCAGUGUACUCGGCAAGAAGCGUGACUUUGGUUCCAAGAGCUGGAGUGACCUUUGGGACGAGGAGGAAGAAGAGCACGCGAGCAGCAGUGAGACUGAGAACGAUGACGUUACCCCUAUGCCGACCAACAAGGCGAAGAUCUGGGGCCGCGAGAGCGAGUCUGGUGUCUCAACCCCUCGUGCAGGCUUGUCUGAGAUGAAUGCUGCUACUGUCAACAAUAGCAGGAACCGAAGCCCGGUAUCUCAGUCCGUUGACCAUCGUGUCAGCGAACUUACCGGCUUCAUCUUCGAAGACCAUGCUACGACUCCUCACGUGGCAAAGUACUCUCCACCAUCAAAGCGAAGUCCCAUGGACCGUUGGGCCAAGCUUGGUGAUCUCCGUCGUGGUGUACCUACCCCAAAGAAGGACCCUCUGCCGAAGAAAGAGGUGUCGCCAAUUAAAGAAGUAUCGUCUCCGCCCAGGGAGACUCCUCGCAAGCGAAGCCGUGCGGCUUCUUGGAGACGUCAGCUACCGUGGGUUGGCUCCGGUCAAGUUGACAAGACAAACAACAAAGAUAGCCAUGGUUUAUGGGAGCGCAAGGACUGGAGCGCCAGCAGGGAAUGGCUUACCAGUAACGACUGGCGCCGCCACAAUAAUUUGAAGGCGCAGGCAUCGCAAUAUCAGCCGGGCAGGCUGCACGACGAUAUUGGCGAUCUAGAGUGGGUUGGAGGUUGGAACGACCUCCACUUGUAGUCUGGCUCUGUCGUGAUGGAGCAUCACAGCACCGUCUCAGUUUUUCCUUUCGUCUCUUUCAAUCAUCUCCUCUCAAUCACGGUAAGCAAGCAAGCAGCAAGAGUUGGCGCGUUCAGGCAUAGCAUCAGAGCAUU